AUGGCGGGCUCCGGGGGGUCGGAGUGGAGCGAGGGCGCUGCGGUGUGGUUCCAGCCACCCGGGGCCUCUGCCCCAUUGCCCGGAGAGCUUAUUGAGAUCCACCGAGCUGCCCGCGUCCUGCUCGUCAGCGCUAUCGUCAAUGGACAGGCUCAAACAUUCGCCCUGCAAAUGAGCAAUGGCGAUGAGGAGGGUGACCCAGUAUGGCCGAGGGAGGAGCUCGGGCCUACAGGGGUUGACGACAUGACCCGCCUUCAUGAUUUGCACGAAGCUGCCCUGCUAUGGAACCUGAAACUUAGAUACGAGCAGGGACUGAUAUAUACAUACGCUGGCUCCAUUUUAGUAGCCGUAAACCCGUAUCGACCUGUCGAUGCUUUGUAUGGCUUACAGACUGCUAGAAGAUAUCACGCAGCUGAAGCUCUGGGCGACUUGCCACCGCAUCUGUUCGCCAUAGCUGCUGCCGCGCGUGCAUCUCUACCUCAGCCUCAAGCCAUAUUGAUAUCCGGAGAGUCAGGAGCGGGGAAAACCGAGUCAACAAAAUUAGCCGUCCAAUUUCUCGCAGCAGUCGCCCCAGCACCCCCGGGGAGAGCGCCCGUAUCUGAACAGAUAUUAGAAGCCGCGCCAUUGUUGGAGGCCUUUGGCAACGCACGCACGCCAAAAAAUCACAACUCUAGUCGCUUUGGAAAAUUGCUUGAAUUAUACUUUAAGGAUGGCGCUUUAGCCGGUGCCAGAGUUGCUCAUUAUUUAUUAGAAAAAUCGCGAAUAGUCACACAAUCGCCCGGAGAACGAAAUUAUCAUGUAUUCUACGAACUCUUGGCUGGUUUGGAUGAGGAACAGAGGAGAUCUAGAGGUCUAUUGUCAGCAGAGCAUUAUUUCUAUUUAAAUCAAGGUGGAGAUUCGGCCGGUGCCGGCGCGGGGGCUGAUUGGUCCGCGCUUUGUGGUGCCAUGCAAGUGUUGGGUAUUGGCGAUGCGGAGCGUGAGGAUAUAAUAAGAGUACUAGCAGCUGUGUUACAUUUAGGUAAUGUCUACUUUCAUAGACGACAACUUCGUCAUGGUCAAGAGGGGGUGCAAUUAGGGGGAGGUGCUGAAGUGCGAUGGGCGGCGCACUUAUUGAAGCUACCAGCAGAGGAACUGGCUAGAGCUUUAACUACUAGAGUAACAGCGGCUCGAGCAGAGAAAAUGAGAUCGCCGCUGCCGAUAGACCAAGCAUUAGAUGCAAGAGAUGCGUUUGCCAAAGCCCUGUAUUCGUCAUUAUUCAAUUGGCUUGUGAUGAGAAUUAAUUCAAUAGUACAUAGAGGGGGACUGCAUGAUGCACACCGAAUAUCUCUCCUAGACAUCUUCGGCUUCGAAGACUUGGAAGAGAAUUCGUUUGAACAACUUUGUAUAAACUAUGCGAAUGAAACGCUGCAACAUUACUUUAAUAAGCAUAUAUUUAAGUUAGAACAGCAAGAGUACCAAAAGGAAAGGCUUGAAUGGUCUCAUCUCACUUGGAAUGAUAAUUCACCAGUUAUCCAACUUCUCAGCAAGAAACCGGUGGGUAUUUUGCACCUGCUGGAUGAUGAGAGAGCCAACGAAUUUGGGGUUAAACACUAUGCAGGACAAGUUUGGUAUAAUGUGGAUGGGUUCUUAGACAAAAACCGGGAUGCUCUUCGUGGUGACGUCUUGGAACUCCUAUGCAGCAGCGAGGUGCCCCUUGUUGCUGAAAUGUCUGCCCAGUUGAGGGCCCACCAUGACGCGAAUAAAACUCUGCCACGGGGUGCUAAUGGAAGAUUUGUUACUAUGAAACCUAGGACACCCACUGUAGCUGCUAGGUUUUCAGACAGUCUGCAACAACUACUAGAAUCAAUGUCACGGUGCAACCCCUGGUUCGUUCGAUGCAUCAAACCUAACUCCGAGAAGUCACCGAUGAAAUUUGACAUGCCCUGUGUCCUUGCUCAACUCCGGUAUACAGGCAUGUUGGAUACCAUUAGAAUCAGACAGAUGGGAUAUCCCAUACGUAUUCCCUUCCAAGUGUUUGUGGAAAGAUACAGGUACCUCCUGAAGUCAAUGCCAACUCGUUCAACUCCGUAUCGUGAAAUCUGUAACUCCAUUCUCGCCGAGAUGCCUCCAACCGGAGCAGUGGGUGCAGAUUUCCAAUUAGGCGCGGCGCGUGUUUUUAUACGCGAAGCCCUUCACCGAGCGUUGGAGCGGGCUCGGGCUGACAAGUUGCGAGCCGCCGCCACCAAGCUUCAGGCCCAAAUUAGAGGGUUCCUUGCCAGGAAACGCUAUUACCAACUACGUCACUCAGCAGUCCGGAUUCAGUCAUGGUGGAAGGGUUCACGAGACCGGCGAACGUUCCUUGUAGCACGGCAUGGAGUUGUGAAGGCGCAGGCUCUAGUCAGAGGUCGGCAGGCGAGAAAACGAGUGACGGCCAUGAAGGAACAGAUGCGAAGGCGACAAGAAGCCCAACAGGCCGCAGCUAAACGGCGUGCUGCAGAGCAGAAGGCAAAGGCUGAAAGUCUGCAAGUUCUGGAGGUGCCAGCGGAAUUGGCGUUUAUACUAUCCAAGAUUGAGGAGUGGCAGCCGCCUCAUUCUGACAGAAAUAUUACCAAGAUAUCAGACGUAUACUGUGAAGAGGAACGCAUCCAAUUGCCUAAAGAUCUCCAGCAAUUUGCGUUCUCAAAGUUCAGUUCUGUGUACUUCGCUGAUGGCGGGCACCUCAGCCCGAGAAAACUCCCCAUUACCAAACCAUUCUUAUCUAAAGCUGCUGUAAGAGAUCAAGAUUUCAAUGAUGCUGUAGCAGUAUUUAAAUUGAUUUUAAGAUGGUGUGACGAUUCGAAUUCUGGAAAUGAAAUAAGGCAAAAGAUGAUAGCUGACUACAUAGCCUCCCGUGGGAUCAGCUCUCGUGGCCUGCGUGAUGAGGUGCUAGUACAACUAUGUAACCAAGCCAGCGAACGAAACGGAAGCGCGCGCGUAUUACCACUUCUUGCGCACUGCCUGGCUGCUUUUCAACCUGGGGCUGCGUUACACAAAUACCUGGUACGGUUCAUAUCAGAGCAUUGGGAAGGCCCUGAUAAGGCGCGUGUUUUACGCCUGGCGUGCGGUAGCGAAGCGAACUCAGCUCGGGCAAGUGGUCUUGCUCGACGCGCCCCGCCCACUCUUCUCGAAUGGAAGGCAGCAAGUGAGCAGGCCAGACCAGCGCUAGCAUUGCAUCUGCCUACUGAUCGUGUAGAGAAAGUAUGUGUAGAGGCGUGGACAACAUGUGAGCGCGCCGCAGCCAACGCUCUUGCAGCAGCGGGUGUAGCUCAUGACGCAACCGGCUGGUCUGUCACCAUGGAACAUAAUGGACAACUUACUGAAUGGGCAGGAUGCGAAUACGUACUGGACGCUGUGGGUGAGAUGGAGACAUUUUCCUCCCUCUGUGCUGGUCGUUCGUCUCCCUUACGAGCGAAUACGCCAUCUACCCCACCACCCUCGCACGUUCUAACGCAUGCCCACACGCUCACACGCACUCGUACGCCUGAAUCGCCGCGGGAACGUACGCUUACAGUCCCGCGUCAGACGCCACCAGCACCCCCUCCGAGAGCUUCUUCUAUUGAUACCGAGAGGCAACACCGACCACAAGUGCCACCGCCAGAGCCUCCAAAAUCUCGUUCACCAAGUAUCCAAAGGAUCCUCCAAGAAUCCAUUGAAGAGAAUAUUUCCGAAUAUAACUGGAAAAUGGAAGAACCGCGCAAACAUAAUGAAUAUUCCAGAAAAGUAUCCCAUGAUAUUCUGUCACGGGAAUCAGCGCUUAAUGAGCGUUACUUUGAACAACAGUCUGAUAAAGUCCGCAGUAGAUCCCUUGACAAUUUAUUAGGAGAUAACCCGGUUCCUCCGCCAUCAAAGCUAAUGGAUUUAGGAUUGUCGCAAUCACGGUUAAACGACAGAUACCACUCAGUGGAGAGGCUGGGGGGAGCCCCGAGUGUUUCAAGUAGUAAAGGAGGAGAUGACUAUGGAACAGGCUCGCGUGUGUUGCCCUCCCGGUAUAUUAAGUCACAAUAUGCAGGAAAAAGAGCGCCCGCUGGUUCGCAGUCGAGUCGUGCGUAUAUUGAAAAGAGCUCGGAGUUUGGUGGUGUGCGAUCAUCAGCAAUGUCGGACACAUCAGAAGCGCCGAGCUUAGCGUCCCACGUGCGUCGAGUCCGCGUGCCCAGUCAGGCGUCAGAUGUUGAUCAGUUCCUCGACGACCUCUUCUCGCCCGUACUUGACCCUAACAUUGAUGAACUAUCGGAUGCCAGAUCACUUGCUGCAAGCAUCAAAGGUGGAAAGGACUACGACAAUUUCAUAGAUAACAUUCUUAAUUGCUCCUAUAAUGAGCAAUUGGAAAUUCUAAAUUCAGAAGAAAAGCUAGAGCGGGCCAUAAAAGGUGGAGGAAAGGAAGAUACACAACCGAGCAGAAAAGAAUCUAAUGUAGAUUCUGUUGACGAUUACAUAACCAACCUUUUCGACCCAAUAUUCUUAAACGAUAGUUUAAAAAGACUCAAUGAUGGAGAAAGUUUAUCUGGUGCAAUUAAAGGCGGUGGAGCCACGCCAAGAUCUGCUUCAGCGAAUACGUCAGCCCUCAGUUAUGGAUCAAUGUCCAUGCCCCCUUCAAUGCCAUCAAUGCCAGCCACUCCUGAAGCGUUAGCCGCGGCACUUGGUCUUCACCUUCCUCCGCCGGGAACGGUAGAUAUUAAUGCGUAUCAUCAAAAUUUGCAAAGGGCAUUCCUUCAAAAUGCAAUGGCUCAAAAUUUACAAAUACAACAACAACUACUUGCUCAAAAUCAGGCAUUACAAUCAUUGUUAGCUGGACAAGUGGUAGAAUCUGAAUCUACUCCGACAUCCCCAGUUCGGUCUUCCACUGUUGUGCAUGCUCAAGUACAUUCGCCACCGAGGAAUUCGAUGAAAAUGAGGCGUGAAUCAAACGAAAGCGGAUCUGGUGGAGCUCCUCCACCCCCACCACCCCCCAUGCCACCUCCACUACAUGAAAUGGACCCUUCCGAAGCAAGACCAUUCUUAGAUCCUUAUGGAAGAGCUAAAACAGUUCGAAUUGGAAAAUGGAGAUGGCCACCGCCUAAAGACGCAGUUCCGCAAGAUACCACACAAGAUUUUACUAAAUUCAAAAUGCGACAGAUUCAGAGAAGACAUACCCCACAAUCACAGACUAAUGGAGAGCACCACCCUGAGCCACCGAGAGGUAGAUCAAGAUCAGAAGCAUCACCAAGCAUUGAGUGGGAAGAAUUUGAAGUUGACGGACAACCACCCUCCAACAGAGAACCACCGUCACAAAGAACGGCCAGACGUAGCUUUGAAAUUGGUGCACAAAGACCAUCGCCAGGUAGUGUUGGAAAAUUAAAGCUCAGCUCAGAAAUGCGACAGAGGUUGGAACGGGUUACUGCUAGCCAUUCUGUCCGAAGCUCGUCUUCAGCUGCAGAAACACCCAGAGCAGUUAACAAAUUAGAAGACACCAGGAAAUUAAUGCUAGAGAGGCAGUUAGGGGGUGGGCCUCGGUGGGAUGCCCCACCACCUCCAUUACCCCCAGCUCCUCCUGGCCCAGCCCCCCCUCCGCCAAAUUCACCCCCAUCGCCACCUGAUAAGCCAGCCCCACCACCACCAUCGGUGACAGACACGUCCUCGACAUUUGCGCAAUUACGUCGCGACAGAGAUACGUUUGGCGUUCAUCAGAAUCGGGAAGUGGACGAUCGUCAUAACUUCUUAGCCAACUGGAACUCACGUAGAAAAGAUGACAACGAAUCGCAAGCAGACGACCUAGCAGCACGAUUUUUAACAGCAGAUCGACGCGAAAAACGUCGUGAUGACUGGGGCGAUGAGUCGGAGACUAGAAGUUACGAUGAUAAAGGUCGUGAUGAAUGGGACUCAGAAAUUGGUGAUAGAAGUAGAAACCAUGAUAAUUUCUCGGGACGAGAUGCAUCAGAGAUAUACGAAAUGUCACCAACGCGAACGGAAAGAAAGAGCGACACGUUCGAUCGCGCUAUGUUUGAUGAUUUUGAACGGUUUGAUGGUAGGAAAAAUUCACGUGACAUGCUGAUGGGAAGAUCAAGAGAAAGCCCGAGAAGAGAUGUUAUGUUUCCGCCAGAUAAUGGGGACACGUUAAAACGCCACGAUCGACCCACAUUUAAAACCCACAUGGCUCAGAAGGAAAGAGACCGAAAACUAGAAGCCGAGAGGAGACAAUCCGUAUCAACACAUGUUACAGAUAAAACUGAACAUCUAGAAAAUAUACCAGCUCCGGCAGCCUUUCUGCCAGCAUCCGAUCGCAGUUUUCUUACCUACCAACGCGUGCCGUGGAAGUUGCGCGUGCGCAAGGAAGUAUUUUCACCAUUGGAAACAUAUAGCGAGCCUGCCAUAUUAGAUUUAUUAUAUGCACAGAUCGUAAGCGACAUAACAUCGACAUUGCCAUCUCUACGCAUCAGUACAGCUGAUCGGCGAGCUGGCAACACUUGGUUACGAUCUCAAAAUGGGCCAGUAAGGGUAGCUUCUAAACGCCAGGCCGUUGAAAUGGCUCGAGAGUGGCCUUUCUACUUUGCCAGAUUAUAUUCUGCCAGAAUACAGCCAGGAGAGAAUGCGGUGCUAGCUGUGUCACACAGUGGAGUAUUUAUUGGAGUUAAAGGUCCCGGCGGUCUCAUAGUGCGUCGGUCAUUAUCGUUUUCGGGUCUACGCGCAUCGUCGCCUGCACCUAGUACUUUGCAGUUGACACCUUCGCGCGACGCCCCGCUCACGCUGCACGUCCCCCUCGCACACAGCGCACACUCGCUCAUCGCUGAAUUCGCGCUUCAGUACUCACAGGUUAGUUAA